AUGGCGAUGAAUAACUUCGAACAUACUGGAACAUGUUGGAGGAAUGCACGAUUAUCAGUUACGGUUAGGACUUAUGGACGGUCGUUUUUUUUCGGUGCAGGUGAAACCGUUCUAGCUUUUAUACCAAUUGGUAAUACAGAUCUAAUUCCAGGUCAUCCCAUAGAAUUACUUGAUGAAGUUAAAGCUUUAAACAUCACUACCUUUUUUGGAACAUGUAAAGACGUUGGAUCGUUAUACUUAAUAUUACAACCUGGAUUCGAUUUUAAAGUUAAUGGGGCAUUUUUCAAAGUUGCUAUUGCUUUUAUGUUUGAUGGUUUCAUUCCCAUAGCAAAAAAAGCCGUCAUAUUCCAAUAUACAGUACUGACUGGAGAUAUAUUUACUUUAGAAGAUCAUCAAGUUUCAUUGGAUAUUAUGAAUCGAUGUGGUAAUAUAAUGCGGACUGGGAAUCCAAACGGUCUUAAUACUAAUGAUGUAGUCUGGCCUCAAUUUGAUAGUGAUACUUUUCGAUAUUGUGUGUUUCACUUUAAUCCAUCUAUUAGGCAUCAUUUAAAAAGUAACAACACGCAAUUUUGGAAUCGCUUUAAACCAGCAUUGCUUGAUGCUGUUUAA